UCUACAUCAAAUGGUGAAGAUUGUUAGAAAAAGGCCUGUUGGGCAUGUCAGGGAGAAGAUCUUGUCUCUUGUUGACACCUGGCAAGAAGCUUUUGGUGGGCCAAGGGCCAGAUAUCCACAAUAUUAUGCUGCAUACCGAGAAUUAUUGGUAGAUAUCAUUUUCCUUUUUGGUGAAAGAUAUAUAUAUAUAUAUAUAUUUGUAUACACACACUCCAAGUGGUUCAUUGGACAUGCGUAGGAGUGAUGUAAAAAUUUUCAUAUAUUUGAUUGGACGCUUCACCUAUUUGUAUCGCACAGCAUUUAGCACAUAAAGCAGCAUAGCUUUUUCCCGUUUCUUCAAGAGCCUUUUCCAGUGUCUCCCAGAAUAACAUUCGCAGUAGCUAUUCAUGUAUUAGCAACAUACUAGUGGAAUGCAUUUAUAAGAUAUGGAACAUUUAGCACUUUAGACACCCAAAAAUCAGCAGCCUGAAUCACCUUCUAAUCUUCUAGAUCUUUUGAAAAUGAGAGUUAGUGAAAUAAUUCAAGUUGAAGCACCUUUGAGUAGUCAAGAAUCAACAAAAAUAUAUGAAGAUUCAGAAUAUGAAAAUGGCACAUGCAACUAUGACUUCUUGAAUGAUCCCAUGGCUUCCUUGACCUGAUUAACAAAUGACAAAAUGUUUCAUCUACAUGCUUCUAGCAAUUCACUUGUCUCCAGAGUGCAGGUGCUGUAUUUUCCAAAAAGAUCUGAGGGAGCUGCUCCCAUAUUCACUCCUCCUCAAACACAGCCUCUGUCAAGUUACACUCAAUCCUUGACUGGCCCAGAUUAUCAGCGAGCAAUCAGUUCAGAGUUUCCAACUUUGAGCCUUACGGAAAUCCAGAAUGCUCGCGGUAUAAUGGAUGUUCUUGUUGAAAUGUUAAAUGCUUUAGAGCCAGGAAAUAAGGAGGCUCUCAAACAAGAGGUAAUUGUAGACCUGGUUGAACAGUGUCGUUCUUAUAAACAGAGAGUUGUUCAGCUUGUGAAUACUACUACUUCAGACGAGGAAUUGCUUUGUCAGGGCUUAUCACUGAAUGAUGAUUUGGAAAGGCUUCUCUCUAAGCAUGAUGUAAUUUCUUCUGGUAUUGCAGUUCAUCCUGAGACGAAAAAAACUACUUCAGCAUUUUUAGGCAUUGGUGAUGGGUCAGGUGUCAGUAACACUAGUUCAGCAAAGAUGAACAAGGGGCGCCCCACAGAGGCUUCCUCCAGCACCCUGGGAUGUCCAGCCCAUCCAGACUCAAGCUACGGCCAUUGCUUUUAUCCAGCAGCCAGGGUUGCAGUUUCCUGACCAGAGGACUGCAUACUAGUUUGCUACAGCGCAGCACUUAUCUCAAAGGGCACGAGGCCUUUCACUCCAAGAUAAUAGAUACGCGAGUCCUUACCAGACUUCUGAAUCUUACUUGCAGCCCAAGAAUCAAGCUAAGCCUGAGGACAAACUCUUUGGUGAUCUUGUAAACAUUGCGAAGACAAAAUCCAAACCCUCUGCUUCUGUUAGUUGACUGGAAAGCUCAUGUUACUUUUGAAUGACAUGCAGCUUCUAGUUCCUGGUUCUGGUGGCCUAUUGUGCCUUCCAUUCAUAUGUCCACUUAUUGAAGCGAUGUAUAUUCUUUUCCCAUAUACUCUUUUAAAAUUUUAGUAACCGUUCCUUGUAAAGUCAGAGUGCAGCUUUUGUUUCAUUUCGUCGAGCUGGUUUCUGGACUUUGUUUUGUUCAAGUGUGUAGUUGGGUGCAGCCAGGCGUCUUUUUCCACCUGAUGUAAUUUUUGGUCUAGGCGUGAACUUCCAUCACUGUCCUCAGUGUCCCAAAGUUUCAAGCAACAUGAUUAGCUGAUAUGGAACUUAGGUCUCUUUGGAGACAUCCAAUAAAAUUGGAACGAUAUGGAGAGAAAAUUAGCAUGACCCUUGCAUAAGGAUGACACAAAUAUUAAACUUACAAGAGGUACACAGGACGUAACGUUGACGUUGAUGCCGAAUAGAUAGGAAGGAGGCAAUCUGGAUGCCGCCU